CCCUUCACAGCCCCAAAUCACCGGCGUCCAGCCCUUCACAGCCCCAAAACUCGGGUGUCCAGCCCUUCAGAGCCCCGGGAGCCCUACAACUCCAGCGUCCAGCCUUUCAUAGCCCCAGGAGCCCCAAAACUCGGGUGUCCAGCCCUUCAGAGCCCCGGGAGCCCUAAAACUCCGCCGUCCAGCCCUUCAGAGCCCCGGGAACCCCAAAACUCCAGCGUCCAGCCCUUCAGAGCCCCAGGAACCCCAAAACUCCGGUGUCCAGCCCUUCAGAGCCCCGGCAACCUCAAAUCCCUGCCGUCCAGCCCUUCAGAGCCCUGGGAGCCCUAAAACUCCAGCGUCCAGCCCUACAGAGCCCCGGGAACCCCAAAUCACCAGCACCCAGCCCUUCACAGCCCUAAAACUCCGGCGUCCAGCCCUUCAGAGCCCCGGGAACCCCAAAACUCCGGCGUCCAGCCCUACAGAGCCCCGGGAGCCCUAAAACUCCGGCGUCCAGCCCUUCACAGCCCCGGGAACCCCAAAACUCCGGCGUCCAGCCCUUCACAGCCCCGGGAACCCCAAAACUCCGGCGUCCAGCCCUUCACAGCCCCAAAUCCCCGCCGUCCAGCCCUUCAGAGCCCCGGGAGCCCCAAAUCCCCGCCGUCCAGCCCUUCAGAGCCCCGGGAGCCCCAAAUCCCCGCCGUCCAUCCCUUCCCCCGGCGGGAUGAGGCCCUCGGACGCCGCAGCCCCGUCCCCGCCGCUCCCCUUCGAGCCGGCGGGUCCCUUCGACAUGUGGCGGGACUACCUGGGGCUGGCGGCGCUGCUGCGGGACCCCCCCGGGGGGGACGGGGACCCCAAAACUCCCCCCUCCUCCUCCUCCCCGGGCUCGGAGCCCGCUCCGGGGCCGCCGUGCGCGUUCUGCCGGCACAACGGCGAGGCGCCGGCCGUGUACCAGGGGCACAGCCUGCGGGACGCGGGCGGGCGGCUGCAGUGCCCGGUGCUGCGGAGCUACGUGUGCCCGCAGUGCGGGGCCACCCAGGACCGGGCGCACACGCGGCGGUUCUGCCCCCUGACCCCCCGCGGGUACACCUCGGUGUACGAGCGGGCCGGGAGCGCCAGGAGCGGGGCCGGGAGCGGGGCCGGGAGCGCCAGGAGCGGUGCCAGGAGCGGUGCCAGGGAGGGCACGGCGAGGGACGGCGGGGAGUAGCCGAGGGAUGGAGGGGCGUCACUCCGAGGAUGAGACCCCGGCCGGGCACUUCCCAGUAUUCCCAGUGCCCCCAGUGCCCCCAGUGCCCGAGACAGACCCCGGGGGAUCCCGGGAAAGGCCCCGUUUGGCCGGAUCCGGGCACUGCAGGAGGCUGCAGUUCUGGAUUUUGGGUUGGUUUGUUGGGUUUUGGUUAAUCCCAGACCAGGAAAGGACCAGGAAGGGCUUCAGUGCUCCAAACAUGGAAUCAUUAAUGGAUGGUUUGGGUGGGUUUGCUCAGUUUUGGUAAAUCCCAGGCCAGGAAGGGCUCAGUGCUCCAAACAUGGAAUCAUUAGUGGAUGGUUUGGGUUGGUUUGCUCAGUUUUGGUAAAUCCCAGGCCAGGAAGGGCUCAGUGCUCCAAACAUGGAAUCAUUAAUGGAUGGUUUGGGUGGGUUUGGUCAUUUUUGGUUAAUCCCAGGCCAGGAAGGGGCCAGGAAGGGGCCAGG